AUGCACUGUUACCAGAAUGAUACAAACUAUGACUACAAAUACUGGUACAGACAAAUAAAUGGUGAAGGACCGGUGCUUAUUGCAAGCAUCAUCGGGACUGCUGAAUUGAUUGAGAAGGGAUUUGAUACUGGCUUCAAAGUGUCAAGUACAGAGACCGUCGGGUCUCGGUACAUAUCCAGUCUUCCAGGCUCUUCAGUUGAAAUGCACUGUUACCAGAAUGAUACAAACUAUGACUACAAAUAUUGGUACAGACAAAUAACAGGAGAACAACCAGUGCUUAUUGGGAGCUACAUUGUUAACUCUGGCUCGAAUGAGAAGGAGUUUGAGACCGGCUUCAUAAUGUCAGAUUUCAGUGAUGGUGUUCUGAUCACUCAGUGGCCAAAUUACAUAUCCAGUCUUCCAGGCUCUUCAGUUGAAAUGCACUGUUACCAGAAUGAUACAGACUAUGACUACAAAUACUGGUACAGACAAAUAAAAGGUGAAGGACCAGUGCUUAUUGGGAGCUACAAUUUUAACUCUCCCUCUAAUGAGAAGGGUUUUGAGACCGGCUUCACAAUGUCAGGUACAGAGACAAAGAAAUGGACCCUGACGGUUGAUGUUAAGGAGGGAAUUGAUGCUGUGUAUCUGUGUGCUGCUAGUCGUGUGAACAACUACGACCCUGCAUACUUUGGUAAUGGCACCAAACUCACAGUACUAGAUCCUGAUGUUGACAUCAAUAAACCAGAUGUAAAAAUUCUAAAUGAGACGCGCUGUAAGGAAAAGGUCACUCUUGUGUGUUUGGCUGAAAACUUCUACCCAGACCAUGUGAGCAUAAAAUGGACAGUUGGUAGCAAAAACAUAACAGAGGAUGUAGCGACAGACCCUUAUGCCACCCAAGACGAAAAAUCGAAAAUGUUCCGCAUAUCCAGCAGACUUAAAGUCCCUAAAAAUGAAUUCACACCAAAAAGCACAUUCAAAUGUACAGUGACCUUCUACAGAGCAACAGAUGUUUCUGACGACGAAUCUGCUGAAAUCACUGGAACUGGAGGGGCUGGAUAUGAACCAGAAGACUAUUUAAAAUCAUCGAAGAUGAUGAAGCUGGCAUACGGUGUGUUCAUUGCUAAGAGUGCACUGUAUGGCCUUGUCAUCUUUGUGUUCGUGUUGAGAAAGAUCUUCCUGAUUUUCCGCUUUCCUUCUCAAGCUGCAAACGUCACUCUACCUAAAGUCAAGAUCCUACCACCCUCUCCAAAAGAAAUCUGUUCCCAGGACAAGAUAAAUGAUAAACGGUCAACUUUAGUGUGUGUGGCCUCAGGCUUUUAUCCCGACCAUGUGAGUGUGUCCUGGAAAGUGAAUGGCGUAGAGAGACAGGACAGUGUAUCAACUGACACCUCUCAGGACAAGAUAAAUGAUAAACGGUCAACUUUAGUGUGUGUGGCCUCAGGCUUUUAUCCCGACCAUAUGAGUGUGUCCUGGAAAGUGAAUGGCGUAGAGAGACAGGACAGUGUAUCAACUGACACCUCAGCCCAACAGGACAAGACAACAUUAAUGUACCAUAUCAGCAGCAGAAUAAAAGUUAAUGGCACGGACUGGAUGGAUCCCAAGAGAAGCUUCGCCUGUACAGUCCAUUUCUUCAACGGAGAUGAAUAUGUCAAUGUCACAAACACCAUAAAUGGUCAAAAAGUGAAGCCGAAAGGAUUGAAACUGCUUGGCUUUGGCUACAUCCUAUUCCUCAGCAAAAGCCUGCUGUAUGCUCUGGUUGUGGCUGGUGUGGUGUGCAAACUAAAGUUCUCAGCGAAGAAGAAACAAUUACCAGAAGACUGAGAUGCGUUGAAAAUUUGUGACUUUAGGCCAGAAGUGACUUUCUUUGCUAUUUACAAGUUGUGUAAAAUAUCUGUGUAUUG